CCAGUCUCAUCUCAUCAAAACUGAGUCCCUCUAUUCUUCCCUCCCCCCCUCAAUUUUCUCUCAUUUUCUUGCACUUUCUCAGCAACCAAACAGAAAAAAUUCAGAGAACCUAUCAAUGGAAUCCUCACCCAGGCACCACCAACAGGAUAACCCAACUCCAUCUUUGCUUCCCUCCCCAAACAGCCACAGCUCCAACAGCAGCACGAGCAGCUCCAACAACAACCGUCACCUCAACGGCGGAGCUCCGCCAACAACCCCGACUCCCCAUCCUCCUAUACCCUACACCAGAUCCGAAACCGCCAACCCGUACCCGACCACCUUUGUCCAAGCUGACACCUCCUCCUUCAAACAAGUCGUCCAAAUGCUCACCGGCUCCUCCGAAACCGCUAAGCAAGCCUCUUCGAAACCCGCGUCCGACCCGCACCCGAAAACCCACAUCCCACCCAUCAAAUCCACGCCCACAAAGCAACAAUCCGGAUCCGGUUUCAAGCUCUACGAGCGCCGGAACUCCCUCAAGAACCUCCGGAUUAACCCAUUAAUCCCCGUCUCCAGCUCCGCAGCUUCCGGAUUCUCGCCGCGGAAUCCCGAGAUUUUAUCUCCGAGCAUCCUCGAUUUUCCUGCUCUGGUUCUCAGCCCUGUCACGCCGCUGAUACCCGACCCGUUUGACCGGUCCGGGACGCCGAGUUACGGCCCGAAUCCAAAUGGGUGUUCGAAUUUGAACAGGGAGGCGGAAGAGAAGGCUAUUAAAGAAAAGGGUUUUUACUUUCACCCGUCGCCGAGCACGACGCCGCGGGAAUCUGAGCCCCGACUGCUGCCUCUGUUCCCGACGACGUCGCCGAGAGCUGCUUCAGGUUCAUCAUCUUCUUGAAUUAAACGUGACUUUUCUCUUCUUCUUUUUUUUUUAAUUUUUAGUUUUGUGUAAUUUUAAUGUGUUAUUAAUGUUGACAUUGAUUAUUAUGAUGAUGAGGGAAGGUAAAUUGUAAUGGAAUAUUUGCAGAGAAAUGAAGAGAGAGCCUUUAAUCAAUUGAAAAUUCUAAUGUAUGCCUCUCCUUUUUUAUGAGAAAUGCUAAGGAUCUCCUAAAUUGUUUUUA